GGUCCGAGCACACUACCACCACCACCUCACCUUGCCUCACCUCAAAGCUUCGAUCCUCCUAACGCAACCUUCCCGCAGCUCCAUCUAAGCAGUGGCCAUCUCCCUGAAAAAACAACAAACCCGACCUAGGUCGACCGAGUCCUACUAACACCAGCAGGCACACCCAUCACAUCUUGCACCUUGAGUGAUCCUUUGCAUUUGUUCGCUUCUCCCUCAGCUUAUGGAUCGUCCUCAGCCCGCCCAUUGACAAAGACUGCCCGCUUCUAUAUUUCAAGAUGUCGUCGGACAGCUCCGACAAGUACGAGGUCCUCGAGAAGAUCGGCCAUGGCUCCUUUGGAAUCAUUCGCAAGGUUCGAAGGAAGGAGGAUAACAUGGUUCUCUGUCGCAAGGAGAUCAGCUACCUGAAGAUGUCACAGAAGGAGAGGGAACAGCUCCAUGCCGAAUUCACCAUCCUCUCGUCUCUCCGUCACCCGAACAUUGUUGGAUACUACAGCCGGGAGCACCUCAAGACCACACAGGACCUCCACAUCUAUAUGGAGUAUUGCGGCAAUGGCGACCUCGGUCGGGUCAUCCGUGACCUGCAGAACAAGAGUCAAUACGCGGAAGAGGCAUUCGUCUGGAGCAUCUUUUCGCAGCUCGUAACAGCCCUGUACAGGUGUCACUACGGCAUCGAUCCCCCAGAAGUUGGAAAAGACGUCAUGGGGCUGGGCCCUUCUGCAAAGCCCAAGACUCCACCAGGUGGCAUGACCAUCCUGCAUCGGGAUCUGAAACCAGAGAACAUCUUUCUCGGCGAAGACAACUCGGUCAAACUUGGCGACUUCGGACUGUCAAAGGUAUUGACAUCACAACAAUUCGCAUCAACGUACGUCGGGACGCCGUUCUACAUGUCUCCAGAGAUAUGUGCUGCUGAGAACUAUACACUCAAAUCGGACGUCUGGUCACUGGGAUGCAUCAUCUACGAACUUUGCACGAAGGAGCCUCCAUUCAAUGCCAAGUCACACUACCAACUGGUCCAAAAGAUCAAGGAGGGAAAAGUCGCACCAUUGCCGGGUGUGUACUCGGCAGAGCUCAGUGCUGUCAUCAGGGACUGCUUGAAGGUCAACCCAGACAGGAGACCAGACACAGCAGCCCUGUUGAACUUGCCCGUCGUGCGGCUGAUGCGAAAGGAGCGAGAGGUGGUAGAAAUGAGCCGCGCACUUCAUAAGCGGGAGAUGGCCCUCUCUAAGAAGGAGGACUCGGUGAAUCGGCGCGCGAGAGAGGUUGAGAAGAGACUGCUCCGCUUGGACUCUGAGAAGAUGACCAUGAGGCAGGAGAUCGACUCGUCUCUGCGACGAGAAUGGGAGGCGAGAGCCCGCUUGGAAAUUGAUCGCCUGGUCAACCUCGAGAUCGAACAGCUCCAGAGCAAGUACGAGGAGGAGGUUCAGGCCCGUGUCCAGGUCGAGCUGCAACAACAUAAGAAAUUGGUCUCACAAACCAACGAGCAUCAGCGGAUGGAGUUCAGCUCAUCGGGAGCGAAGUCUGAAUUCCCCUACUCUUCCAUUGGCGCAAGCAGCAAUCAGAGCAGCCUGACUACCGGAACAGACAUGACCGACCUGUCAGAAAUGGGCCCGGACACCCCAAAGGACGAACUCAAAAAGGCGGCAAGAACCCCCUUUGUCCGCGCCGCGACCAUGUACGCUGGCCCUCUGGGUACUCCGAUGGACGUAGACAAUCUCUCGCCAUCCCCUUGCGCAAUCGCUUCUCUAUCCCUAUCACCACGACGCAAGAACUCUGGGAAGGGCCCCUUCAUUCACCAGCCUAACAUUUUUGCGAGUGAGGAGUGGCGCAAAGUUCCCGAGAUUCCCGACAAUUUCGACACCGAGUCGGAAGACGAAUCUGAUGACACGCCAGCGUCCCCGUCGCCAACCAGAAAGGUGAAGAAGGUACAGAGUCUCUCGCGCCCAGCAAUCCCUCACAUGAGGACUGAGCCGGCAGGGAACUUGCUCAAGAACAAGCCGUCCCUUCCAGCACCAGCAAAGACCACGACUGGCCUGCCGCAUAUGGUAUCAAAUCAAGAGCUGCGUUCUCCCGGUGCUCUCCGCGAGCGAGAAUCACCCAACCGGCAGGUCUCCAAGAUCCCGUCUUUUGCAAACUUAUCGUCCGCGAGCGGUAGCGACUCAUCCACUAGAGGUGGGCUGUCUCGCAAGCAAUCCGUGGCGGGCCAGCAGGGGAACAGCGGUGGUCUUGUCAGCAAGAUGGGCAACGUCCGUGGCCGAACGCUUGUCGAGCUUUCGCAGGCGCGUGCCGGUGGAAGGAUUCUGAACAGCAAUGAGAAUCUGAAGCCCGCCCCCGUCUGGGACCCCGAAACCGUGGACGAAAUGCCGAGCCCCUUCCUGAUCCGCAGCAAGCACAUUCCCAAACCCAUUCCGGGACUCUGAAGCAGCUCAGGCAUCCUCGCCGAGUCUCGUUGCUGUUGUACAAAAGCUGCUACCGCCCACUUGGUCGGUCUAAUCAUGAGCACCUUUUCAGACAGAAUCUGCAGUGCGCAAUCUAAAUGGCAAGCACUCGGCAGCGGAGCGCAUAUUCUAGUUGCAGCUGCCCACAGCUAACAUUGCUGAUGGCAAACACAAACGCUGCAUAUUUCUCUCUUCCUUUUGUUUUCUCCUUUGCAAAUCAGCAUUGCUAUACGAGAUUGGACGCCACGGCGUGAAAGACGCAGGAAGGCGAGAUACCAAAUCACCAGUUGCCCGGGUGUCGGGCACAACGAGCCGCAUUUCUUUUGUCGAUGGGCAUGAAAACAACGCUGAGGUUAUUCACGCAUGUCUUCUGAGCGAAUGCAUGACGAUGGCAGGUAGCGCCGGGGCUGCCGGGGAAGCGACAGGACGACAUGCUCGCCUUAUUCACAUGGGGCCAAUGUGAAAGUGACGUUGAUGGAACCAAGGCACGGAAUCCGACCUUCGAGGAUAAUACUUUUUUCCCGGACGACUUUGCGCAUUCUCAGUAUACGAAGAAAAAGGGGCAUAUUUGUUCUUGACCGGCGUUAGAGGGCGGAGGGCAUCACGAGCGGUUUUUCUUGUUUUUUGAUUCGCGUUAUGAGCUACCCCAGGAUGGAUUUCCAAAUCCAGUUGGAUGGACUUGGUAUGGCCACUGCCAGACACGAGAAAGAAUAGGCAGGACAGCCCAGCUACUGCAGCUACUGCAGCAAAGCUGGCUAGUAACCCUUGGGAAGCUAGUCAGCUAGUCAGCUCAUGAUAAGAGUGCAGCAGCAAGCAGUAGUGGAAUUUGAUUUGAGAUAUUAUGUA